AUGAGUGCUAAUAUAACUCAAAGAAAUAAUAAAGAAAACAAAAGUAUUAAAGAAACCAGUAUAAAACAAGAAUCCAAUACAACAACAAAUGAAAAAAAUAAAAAAAUUUCAAAACCACUUGGAAUAUUAAUUGCAUUAAGACCAUGGUCUUUAACAAUUUCAGCAACAUCAAUUUUAUUAGGAAGUGCAUUAGCAUUCAAAGAAACAGGUAAAUUUGAUACAUUUAUGUUUGUUGUAACUUUAAUCGGUGGGAUUUCAGUACAAUCAUUUGGUAAUGUAGUCAAUAGUUUUUAUGAUUCCAAACGUGGUAAUGACACUUUUGAAAAAUCAGCAGAUAGAACAAUGUUUGACUUGGGCCUUUGCGAAUCAGAAAUCAUCAAUUUAAUCGGCUAUCUUUUAUUCCAAUGUGUUGUUUGUUUAGGAUUAGUUAUAUAUCGUUUAAAUGGUGAUUAUAAUUUAAUUUUAGAAAGUUUAUUACCGAUGGUAGUCUUUGGUUUAUUACUUUGCAUCUUUUAUACCGCAGAUCCAGUUGGUUUAAAGUAUAUUGGUUUAGGAGAUCUUACUAUAUUCCUUUGCUUUGGUCCACUUUUAGUUCAAUCUAGUUAUUUACUUCAAACCCGUUUCUUUGAUUUCAAUAUCUUUUACUACUCAAUUCCAUUAGCCAUGACCAUUGUUGCUGUUUUACAUGUUAAUAAUACAAGAGAUAUCGAAGCUGAUAAGAGCACAAAUUCAAAAACCAUUGCCUCUAUCGUUGGUCUUAAAGGUUGCUUUUAUAUUUUUGUAUCUUUAUAUUUAAUUUCAUAUGGAAGUUUGUUUGUAUUUUCAUAUUUAGAAAACAAGUACACAAUGUUGAUGCCAAUUAUAGUUUUACCCAAAGUUAUUAGUUUAAUUAAGGAAUUUAAAAAUGGUCAACUAAGCGAUGCCAAAACUGCCCAAUUAUCAUUCUUUUUUGGUGGUUUAAAUGCCAUUGGCGUAUUAUUAUCAUCAGAUUAA